AUGAAGAGCAUUAACGCAGGCUAUGUCAAAAUCUACGAUGCGAAUCCUGAAGUCCUGAAGGCGCUGGCCAACAGCAGCCUCCCUGUGGUGAUCACGGUGGCAAAUAUAGAAGUUCCAGGCAUGGCCUCCAGCACUACCACUUCAGACCAAUGGCUUCGAAAAAACCUUCUCCCUUAUUAUCCCCUCACCAAAAUCUCCAUCAUCAUGGUGGGCAACGAGAUUCUAUCAAACACCCAACUUCAGCCCUACUUUUUCCCGGCAAUGCAAAACAUGCACACCUCCUUACAGAAGUUGAAUCUAGACUCCUCCAUUAAAGUAACCACAUCCGUAGCCAUGGACGCCCUCUCUUCCUCUUACCCUCCCUCCAACGGCUCCUUCAAACCAGAAAUCGCCAUGUCAGUGAUACAGCCCAUGCUCAGCUUCCUCAGUGCCACGGAUUCUUAUUUCUUCCUGGAUGUCUACCCUUUCUUCGCCUCGAAUUCCGACCCCGCAAACAUAUCUCUGGACUAUGUGCUCUUUGGCGAUAUCACCGCGGACGUAGUACAGGACGGCAUUCUUUGUUACUCCAACAUGCUAGAUGCACAGCUGUACGCCGCCAUAGCGGCCAUGGCGACGCUGGGAUACGGUGAGGUGAAAGUGGUCAUUAGUGAGACGGGGUGGCCCACCAAUGGCGACUCCAGCGGCGGCACUGUUGCCAACGCCGCCAGCUACAACACAAGACUCUCUUUCCCACAUUCUUUCCGGUACUCGGGGUCGUCCGCAGACGUUCUUUCCCACAUUCACCUUCGCCCUCUUUAA